CUAUUUCUUUCAGCUGAGAGUUGUAAGUCUCUUAAAGAGGCAGGAACAAAUUUAGAUGGAUUGCAUCACAUUAAUAUACCCAGCAUUGGCUCGGUCCAAGUCUUUUGUGAUCAAUCCACGGACGGAGGAGGAUGGACGGUGAUUCAGAGGCGUGCCGCGCCUUUCUCGCUCUCCUUCGAAAGGAACUGGGUCGAGUAUGAAAACGGCUUUGGAAAACCUGACAGUGAGUUUUGGCUUGGAAACAAAGUUAUCCACGAGCUUUCCAAAAGGCAAGUCGAGGUCCAAAUUGUCCUUAAAUCUCGAAGUAAUUUGACGGGUCCUGCCAAAUAUUCCUGUUUCAAAGUUCACGGAAGAAAUGAUAAAUAUCGCCUGGAGAUAUCUGGUUACGUCGGUGAUAUCGGAGAUUGUGCAUCUAGUUCUUCAGGGCAAGAUUUCUCUACUGUGGACUUUGAUAAUGAUGCAACGCCUAACAGAGACUGCGCAGAUGAAGAUAACGCUGGCUGGUGGUACAGUGACUGUGGAUGCGGAAAUUUAAACCGCCAGUCACGACCCAAAUGGUAUUUCUGGAAAGCCGGCAACGAUGACAUUAUUUAUAGCGAAGUGAAGAUCCGUUAGUGAAUUUACAAUCAAACUUCUCUCCAUAGAUCCUUUAUAAAACGAUUCCUGCUGCUCUUUGGACCACGGUAGACAGUCUAAACCAGAAACCGACUGUUAGUGCUUUUCACUGUGUUCGUCUUACUUAGGGUAGCCCGUUUCGGCAGGAGUGGGAAGAGGUUCCUACUUCUUAGGGGUAGAUAGAUGACGUGAGAUGACGCCAUGAAAACUAAACCCGAAUUGAAGUCAAAUUUACGGGAUAUGAUUUAUGCGGAAACUCUUAAACUGAUUAUGCUUAUGCUUAUAGACUUUUAAACACACAUCUGUAACUCCUUACUUUGGCACAAUAAACCAGAAAUGUCCUUUGGUCUCAGAAUUCUUUGCCCUUUACAUGUAACCAGCCACGCGCCCUCUUAGUCCAAGGAGCCAGUUGCCAAGAACAGAAUUUAUUAUAUAGCUAAGAUAAUACGCGCGCUCUGAUGGGCUGUUUUGUUGUAAUGACCGGGCAUUACUAGCUAGAUGCCCAAAGCAUAUACAACCUAUUUAACUUGGUAGUGGACAUCCUUACGGACAUCCAUCUGCCUCGUACCCAGACGUCGCCUCCCGUUUCUUACCCUUCCCAUGGUCCCUUGCGGUUCAUCACCAGUUAUUCGCGUUUCGCGCUCUAUGCGAAACCACGCUAAAAACAAAGCGCUUGAGGAGGAGGCAGUUAUGGAUCCGCUGAUCAGUGUGGCCUGACUGUAUCGUGGGCUGAAGUGUACAACUCAUUAGGGUGACGUGUUUUUUUAAGUUAUCGGCUGACCAGUUGCUGUUUUUGAUUGAUCGAAGGCCCAGGUCCAUUGAAAAGAGGCCUUACAAUAAAUAACUUAUUAACCUGGUCCGUUCAGUCAUUUCAGGGAAAUCUCAGACCUCGGCCUUGAUGUAUUGACCUCGCUAUUGCUAGCUCGAUCAAUACAUUAAUUUCCCUGUAAUGACUUCACCCUCGGUUAAUAAGAAGUAUAUACUGUCCUUUUCGAGAUAAAUUAUUGUGCCAUUUGUUAUGAACCGUGCAACACCGUCCCUUAGGAGAGGUUCGUUAGCUUUUUAUUACAAAAAUGACGUGUACUUUUGUGGUCCGGACAUUUUGUUUUGAUCUGGUUAACUUUUGUUUUAGUACUACGUAAGGAACAAUAAAUUUUACAGACCACCACGUUUUACAACCGCUUUCAACACAAGGAGUCAAUAGUAGCUUUGCACCUUAUCUACCAUGAGCAUUGCAUGAUUGCUGACAAUUAUGUACAUUUUAUUCGCUAGCUCAUUAUGAGUCUUGUCAACCAGGAAUAGUCAAAUUGAACUGGGUCGAGUAUGAAAACGGCUUUGGAAAACCUGACAGUGAGUUUUGGCUUGGAAACAAAGUUAUCCACGAGCUUUCCAAAAGGCAAGUCGAGGUCCAAAUUGUCCUUAAAUCUCGAAGUAAUUUGACGGGUCCUGCCAAAUAUUCCUGUUUCAAAGUUCACGGAAGAAAUGAUAAAUAUCGCCUGGAGAUAUCUGGUUACGUCGGUGAUAUCGGAGAUUGUGCAUCUAGUUCUUCAGGGCAAGAUUUCUCUACUGUGGACUUUGAUAAUGAUGCAACGCCUAACAGAGACUGCGCAGAUGAAGAUAACGCUGGCUGGUGGUACAGUGACUGUGGAUGCGGAAAUUUAAACCGCCAGUCACGACCCAAAUGGUAUUUCUGGAAAGCCGGCAACGAUGACAUUAUUUAUAGCGAAGUGAAGAUCCGUUAG